GCAGAGCAUCUGCGCAGCCUGUUGCCGUUGACGACUAGAACAGACCCUAGUGUCACACCAGCGUUCACGUGACAAGGAAAAACAAACGGGCAACACUUAGCUUGCUAGCUAGUUACGCAAACACUUUCUUCACAAUUAUAGCUAUAUACUUAAAACUGCGGCAGAACUUUCGUUCUUUGGUUAUUUAAUAUGUGAUGGUGUGGUUCUACGGUUCCGUACAUUAGUUAAUAUAAUGCAAUGUAACGCCAGAACGCCAGAUCCAGUAAGACCUCGACCAAGCUACCUCAGUUCUGGCGGUGAAAGAAAACAAGUCCGCAAAGUUCAUACCAGAAAGAUUCCUUACAGGGUUGGAUACAGCUGGAACAAAGGUGGAAGACUCAAGGAGCUAAGAAUAAGGCACUUGGCAAGGAAGUUCCUGAAGAUAUGGAUGCACAACACCUUUGGCCGAAUUCGUCCUUAUGAAGCCAAGUCCCACUACAACAGCGUGCUUUUGAGACGGGCCUUUGAGGAAUGGAGAGAUGAGUGGUGGAUGUCCAGGAAAGAAUGGAGUCUUACAUUGCGGGCAGAGUGUCACUACAGGUAUUAUCUGUGUAACUUGGCUUUCCACAGCUGGCGAACAUUUCUGUCAUUGCAGAGGGAAAAGAAGAGCAAAGUCCAAAAUGCUCAAUCAUUUGCUAACAGGCAACGGAUGCGUCUGGUUUGGGAACAAUGGGAAGUUUUCACAGAAAUGAGGCAAAUGAAGAACAGAUUGCUUGAAUCUGCUCUUGAGCUGAACAGGCUUGCUACCUUGCGUUCAGUGUGGAGCUUGUGGCAAACUCGGCUGCAGCAGCAUCAAGUCCUUCACACUUUAGAGGAUCAAGCCCUAAAACAGAAGGCGCUGUCUUUACAGAGAAGGACUUGGCUUCAUUGGACAGAAAUGCACAGAGUUGCUUGUUGCCAGAAGGAGAAAGAAUCCAAAGCUGCACUUCAUUUCAUCCUCAGACUAAAAAGAAAGAAAUUACAUCUUUGGAAAAGUUAUGUGUCUUGUCUCCGAACCAAGAAAAAGUCACAAGCUGUGGCUCAGCGUACCUACGUACGCCAUCUGAUGAGGAUGUGUUGGAUGAAAUGGAGCAGUGCGUUGCAUCGUAAACAGAGCGAGGAGGAGCGUUUGCAAGCUGCAGGACACUUGGCCAUAAAGAGCACCCAGCGCAGAGCACUUGAGCGUUGGACAGCUUAUGUGAUGGUGUGCAGAGAAGAGGCUGAAAGAAACAGGAUUGCAAGUCAACAUCAUCAUCAUCAUUUACUGCAUGCUGGACUGAUGGGACUUUCUCUUAAUGUCAUUGGGAACAAAACGCACCGACUGAACAACAACAUGGCCGUCCAACAUUAUCAUCAAACUAUGGCAUGUAAGUAUUGGAAGCUGUGGCAGGGCCGUCUGGAGGAGGCUGAAGACAAGAGUUUUCAACCCCUAACAGAAAUGGCACUGACUAACCACAGAUCAUUCCUGUUGAGCAGCUGUUUUCACCAAUGGAGAGAGAAACUUGCUGAACAGAGACACAUGCAGAAAUUGGAGCAUCGUGCAGAUAUUUGGUUUGCUGAACGCAUGUUGCCUCGUUGUUUCGACUCGUGGAUUGAGUUCACUCUGAAGAGAAGACUCCACAAACAGAGAAGACACAAGGCAGAAGUCUAUAACCAGCAGCGUCAGUACACUCUGGUGUUUUACACCUGGUGGGGACAAUCGGAGAAACACAAGGAGCAGAUGCUUUCUGAGCGGAUGGCAAUUCUACACGAGGAGCGCGGCCACUUGAAGAGAGCCUGGACUCGUUGGAGACAACGGACAGAGCAGCAGAUUGAAGAAGAGGAAAAACAGAAGGCUUCAGACCGUCUGCACUUGCACAGAACGCUUCACAAGACGAUCACACAGUGGAAGGACAACAGCACAGAGAUACGAGACAGGAGAAAUCGAGAGCUGCAGGCUUGUCAUCAGGGUGACCUGCGCUGCAUGAGAUGGGCUGUGGAAAAAUGGAAAAAGUUUGUUCAGAGCCAGAGAGUGAAAAUAAGCAGACUGAAGCAGAUGCAGCAUUACCAUGAAGUUAACCUCCUCAAACGCACUUUUGUGGCCUGGAAGGCACACCAUCUACAGACGUGUCAGAUCUAUUGUCAUGCAGAGGAACUUUAUGGGCAACAAAAACAGAACCUUCUCAGGACAAUUCUGUGUGUUUGGAGGGAGAACGCUGUGCUGCACGCAGAGAACCGGCUCACAGAGCAGCGAGCACAGAGUCACUUUCAGCAUUUCCUUCAACUUAAGGUGUUUCUUGCUUGGAGAAAAGCAACAGCAUGUGCAGUGUCAAAACGCCACCAGCAGUGGGAAGCAGUCAACAAGGCUCAGAGGUCCAUAAAUCAAGUGCGGCUGCUGCGGUCUUUUAGACAAUGGAGGAAGCAGACCAGGAAUGCCCGGAGAGAGAGAGUAUGGAUGGAAAAAGCCAAGCAGUGCCACGACUCCAAACUCCUUUCUAAAGCAGUGAAAGCCUGGAAUCAGCAUCACAAUCAAUAUCAGAAAAAUAAGGUAAUGAAACGACAGGGAAUCCUUCUGAUGAGAUUAAAGAUGUACCAGACGUACUUUGAACAGUGGAAAAUGAAGCUGCAGCACAGACGGAGAGAAGCUAAGCAGACGGAGCGAGCGCUCUGGCACUGGUCCCUCACUCUCCAGGCCAAGGUGCUGUACGGAUGGAGACUGUGCGUCACAGAGCAGCGCAGAAAACUAGAGCAGGCUGCCAGAGCUGCACAUGUCUACAGAGAGCAGCUGCUGAGGGACGGUGUGGCGCGCAUCCUCACGUACGCUGCUCACAUGAACGAUCUCACAUCGAGCCUAACACAACACAGCCAAGAGCAGAGAUCACGACGUCUCCAGAGAGUGGUGAAGCGUUGUGCGAUGCGGUGGAUGCAGCGGGCGCUGUGUAAACCACGAAGAGAACAAGAGGUCAAAGGGCAACCGAAAAAGAGCGUGACCUUCUGUUUGACCACACCUGGAUUGAAAAGUGUCUCUCCAUUUGACUCAGAGGAGCAGGAAGCUCAAGAUGGAGGGCUUAGCAAGCUAUCACUCAGCCGUACCACUCGACGUCAGCCAAGACGCUGCGAGGAACUGUUUGAGUCUCCUCUGAAAAUACAUACUCAAAAGCAGACUGUCGUCACCAGUGCCGAAGCAGCUCCAAAACCCUCGCAGCUUAGUUGUCCUUCACUGGGAGGCCAUUGUACAGCUUCAUCCUGCCCCCAUCCUGCUAAAGUCCCUGUUCCCUCCACAUGUCAGAGCAUCAACCCACUGAACGUGUCACCCUCUGGAGCGCACAUGUCCUCCAUGGACUGUUCUCAGGAAACCCAAACCCAAGACAUUCUUCUACCCCCCUCUGCUUUUAUGACCACUAGGACUGAAGAUACGUUGGGGACGACUAACAGCUCAGGUUUUGAAGAUGCUUCAUUUUUGCCCCUUCAUCAGUUUGGCUCCCCCUUUAAACAACACUCAUCAUUUAAUUCAGACGAACGUCUGAGGUCAUCCAGUGGAGAAACUGUAGAAGAAGCAGUGACGGAUCCAACUUCAGCUCUGACCCGAGACAUGCUCAGCAUUAAGAUGGACAUGAUGACAUACCAACAGGACAGGAAGCAGCUCCGGGCAUGGCACAAACUAAAAGAGGUGUUACAAAGUUGGCUGCAGACAAGUGGAAGGGAUGAACAAAAGGAAAAAAAUGAUGUUUGUCAAGAGUUGAAGGAGUUGGAGGAGCGCAUCAACCAACUGUCCACUGAGCUGGCAAAACGGAAACCAACGAUGCUGCUACACGCAGAGAGGAUCCAGCAUUUACAGACCGCCCUCCAGGCUUCAGGGGUUGUUGUUCUCCAUCCGAAAAGAGAAAAGAUGGAAACAGUUAGCUCUGUGUUUACAACAUGACAGGGAAUAGCGCCUCACACACAAAAGUAAUUACAACUGCUCAUUGUUAAAAUAACACAAAGAUUAACACGAGUAUUGAAUGAGAAAACUGUUCACCAGCCACCAUAUUUUAGAUUGAACAUGUGUACCUCUACUGUACUAAGCUUUUAAGAAAAAGAAAUCUAAAUGUCCACAUAUUUCUAUUUAUUAUUGUUGAAUAUCAUGUAAAUUGUUUAAAAACAUUAAAUCCUAGUUCCCGCACACGCUUUCACUGCCCUUAUCUACCCUUAAAAUCUGCAGAAACGCUGGAUAGGGGUCGUCCUUGUGACAGAUGCUGCUAAAUAUUUUCCAUAUGUGGGCAAAAAGUCACUUAACCGUCUUCAGAGGAGCUGCCCUUGCGCAAUAGGCUUUCUAUUUAUCCGUUAGUACCAGUGCCUCUUAUACUUUGGGAAAUCCAUGCAGCAGUUUCAGGGAUUUCAGACUUACAGAAAGUAUGUCUGUCUAGUGAGCUCUGCAGGCUAUACAACAACAGGUUUGUCCAGAUCUUUGAUCUACAACAGCACAGGAUGCAAGGACUUUAUGGCGUUUUACUCGUUUUCAUCUUUGUCUGCUGCAUCAGGGGUGAGUUAUGUUACUGAACUACUUAUUUACUUUCAUCAAGUUAUUUUAUGUUCAUACUCAUUGUGUUGUUGAACGUUUAAAGUCUUUAUAUUCUUUUGUAGAUGUUUACUUUUGGUUGUUGCUGGCAAGAUUGUUGUCCUCUUCCUGGAGCUUUUUGUGGACAUUAUUAAAACUGAUUUAAUUAAAUAUAAAAGUUGUCAAUUUUUCACAGUUUAACAAAAUGCUAAGUUAAUUUUAGAUUGUAUUACUGAAUGUGCAAAUAAAUUCAUUAAAUAACUACAUCUUAC